AUGACUAUUUUCAAAUUAUACAUUCUACUUUGCCUUUUUCUAUUAACAGAAAGUCAGGAAAUCUCAAAAAAGUGUAUUUGUGGACACGUCCGCGAUUAAACUUAAUGUUAAAACUCAGGCUUUUGCAUUUGGGAGAAUGGGGUUUGUGUUCUAAGAUCAGCUCACACAUAUAUUUAAGAGAAUUAAGAGUAGAUUACAUGUAAAAAUUUUGCAGAAGAAGAUUGUAGAUUAUAGAAGUAAUGUGGUUUUUAUUUGGGUCAUUGUGUUAAUUUUGUUAACUGCCUAGUAUUCAACAAAGAUGAAUGCUAAAAAUCUUCUUAUAGAUGUGUUUCUGAUGGAGGAAUGUGUGUUGAGAUUUUGGAAUGUAAUAACUACAAAACAGAGACAGGAUGUGCAAAUUAGAAUUAAAACGGAAGAUACUGUUUUUGGGUUUAAGAAAAGGAAAAGAAAUGUCGUGACGUAAUUUUGUGCGAAGAACUGCCAAAAUAUUUAUUGAGCCAUAUUAUUUGUAAAUAAGCUCUAGAUGGUUGUACCGUAAAUGAACUCGGCUAUGGAUGUAUGGGAUAAAAGGAUUAAUGCACUUAAUACUAAAAGGAGUUUUAAUGCUUUGAAAGCAAAUCCAAAUCUUAAAACUGCUUUUGGGAUUCAAAAAAUGAUAAAUGUGUUGAAAAAAUGUGUGAAAAUCUCAAUUUUUCAUAAGAUUAUGAGUGUAAAUCUUAUUUAAGUUAAUGUACUACAAAUGGAAUUCAUUGUGUAUAAAGAAAGCAAUGUAGCGAUGCUGAAAAUAAAUAUGGUUGUGUUACAGAUGCCUAGGGAAAUAAAUGUGAAUAUCAUAAUAAUUAAUGUAAAAUCAAAAGUUGUGACACUGCUUUGGAUUCCCUUUAAAAUUAUUAAUAAUGCUAAGAUUAUGACAAUAAACUAGAUUGUGUAUCUUCUGAAAAUGGAGGAUGUAAAUAAAGACCGUAAACAUGCGAAGGUUAUGCUAAUUAAAUAGAUUGUUACUCAAUCGAAAUAUAGGAUUGUGUAUGGUAUAACGAUAAAUGUGAAAAAAGGACAUUCAAACAGAUUGUAAGAAAUAUGGAAAUUGUAUGGGUAAACUUGGUGGUGGUUGUUAAGAGACACCACAAUCUUGUGAUGACAUUUUAUAAGAAGAAUUUUGUGAAUUUGAUUAUAAUAAACAAAGAUGCCUUUGGAUAUAAGGGAUGUGCACAUAUUUUGAAUGUAAUAAAUUGA